AUGCUAUAUGCUCAAGCUACUCCGGAAGCUUGUUUUCAGAUCAAAGAUGUUAUACAGACAUAUGGAAGGGCUUCAGGUCAAGUUGUUAACUUUCAUAAAAGCUCUGUUGUGUUUAGUAAGAAUGUUGCAGAUUGUGAGCAAGAUAGAGUGGCUAAUCUGUUGGGUGUUGAAGUGGUGGAGUCCCAUGAGAGAUACUUAGGUCUUCCUACUUACAUAGGACACAAGAAAAUAGCUACCUUCCUUUAUAUAAAGGAGCGGUUAGCUGAAAAACUGAAGCAUUGGCAAGGCAAGAUGUUGAGUGGUGCUGGUAAGGAUAUUUUGAUCAGGGUGGUGGCUCAAGCUCUCCCUAAUUAUGCUAUGAGUGUGUUUCAAUUGACAAAGAAUUUUUGUGAAGAUCUUGAGCAGAUGUGUGCUAGAUUUUGGUGGGGGAGUACAGAUGAUAAACGUAAAAUACAUUGGAAGAAAUGGGAUGAUUUGUGUCAUGCCAAGGAAGAGGGUGGCUUGGGUUUUCGGAGCUUAUCAGAAUUUAAUUCUUCGAUGUUGGCGAAGCAAGCUUGGCGGGUUGUCUCUAACCCAGAUACUCUUGUGGCACAAUUGUACAAAGCUAGAUAUUAUCCUAAUGGUUCUUUUUGGAAUGCAAAAGAACAUGCUACUCCUUCUUAUUCUUGGCGUAGCAUUUUUUCUACUCGAAAUUUAUUGAUUGAAGAUGCAGAAGCUAUUCUAGCAAUUCCUUUGAGUGCUAGAAGUCUGGAUGAUAGAUUGACUUGGCGUUUGGGGAAACAAGGAACUAGGAAAAUUUUGAAGUGGCAGUGCCCUCCUGUGGGUUGGUUGAAGGUGAAUUUUGAUGGAGCUUUUACUCCGAGCUCUGGCAAAGCAGAAAUUGGUUUCUUAGUCCGUGACUCUCAAGGGACUUUUUUGGGAGCAGUGGGGAAGGUAGUUACUCGAGUUCAGUCUGUUGAACAUGUCGAGCUCUUGGCUUGUAAGGAAGCAUUUGGUUAUGUGAUGGAACAUGGUCUAUGUCCAGUAAAUAUCUUGGCGAAUUUGGGUAGAAUUUGGUCUAUGAUCCUAGAGGCAGAGAUUUCUUCUUCUGAGCUGACAAGUACAAUGGAAAAGCUUUCGAGGAACAUGGAGUAG